UGCGUUUUUGUAUAUUCUGUCGUCAUUUCAUUAAAAAAAUAUUUCAUUCAAUCGUUGCAUGUAAUAUUAUUUUUGUUGCUAAAUAGUGCUAGAUUCAUAUAAAUUAUAUUUGUUUAGCUUUUUCUCGAAUUUUUAUUAUUAUUAGUAUAGAUUCACUUCGAAUUUUAAAGCUGUGCAAAAAUAUUCUUGUGUCGUCAUUGAGUGAUCAUUUGAGUGUAUAUCCAUUUUAUCAUAAUCAGUGCUAUAAAAAUUCUUCAAAUUGCGAUGUGGCGCAGGUAGUUAAUAUUAAUAACCGCGUGUGAAAUGUCACAACAUGGAUGCCCGGAGAGACUUUCGAAUAGAUCGAAGGGCUUUCAGGAAGAUGGGACGAGCCAACCCACGAUGGAAGUUUUGGUCGAAACCCUCACUGGCACCGCGUUUGAAAUGACCGUAUCGCCUUCAGACACCAUUUUCGCGAUUAAGUCCAAGAUAUUUAGAGUAGAAGGCAUCCCGGUGUCGCAGCAGCACCUGCUGUACAACCUGCGCGAGCUGGACGACGCGCGCUCGCUGCGGGAGCACGCGGUGGGCGACGGCGCGCGCCUGCGCCUCGUGCUGGGCCUGCGUGGCGGGCCCGUCUCUACGCGCCGCUUGCCGCCGGCCGACCCGCUCCGCGACAUCGAGCGCUUUCUUUACCCUAACAGAUCAGAUGAAGAGGAGGGCUCGCGCGGCUGCAAGGCGACCGUGCUCGUGUUCCGCGAGGGCGAGCGCGUCAACCUCGUGCGCGUGCGCGAGAACCGCGACGGCACCUACUCGCCGCUCGAGCGCGCCGACUAUUCGUCGUCCCCGAGCCGGCCCAGCGCGAGCGGCGCGGGAGAGGGGGGCGCGCUGCGGGACAACGCCGUGACGCUCGGGAAGAUGCUGGAGCUGCGCCGGCGUAUGGAGACGCUGUCCGUGCGGCGCCGCGGCGAGGCGCACGACAUCCAGAAGACGCGCAGCGAGGAGACGCUGUCGGCGCCGUCGCUGCUGGAGGACGCGCACUUCGCGCCGCUCUACGACGGCCGCUACACGCGCUACGACUACGACUGCUCCUUCGCCGACCGCUACACGCUGCUGCCGCCGAUCGCCACGCGCGCCGACUCCGACCAGUCCAUUCAGGACUCCGUCGUCGAGGCGUCGCUGUCGGAGGCGCUGGCGGGCUCCAUACUGGUGAAGGCGCGCGAGGACGAGCCCGCCAUCCUGGAGGAGUGCGAUGACCCGGAGCCGCUCGCCGCGGACCUGCCCGCUGACUACGGCGCGUCGGGCGGCGCGUGGCGCGCGCGCGGGUUCGGCUCGAGCUGCGCGCUGGCGGGCGCGCCCACGCCCGCCGCGCCGCGACACGCGCGCUUCUCCUCCUCCACCUCCGACCUCGAGCAGCUCAAGCGGAACAGGAUGCUGCCGGCGCUGAGCCGCCACCGCAACCGCGAGCACCUGCACCUCAGCGACGACGGGCUCGACCUGCGCCCCGCGCGCCGCGCGCCGCCGCCCGCGGCGCGCGCGCGCUGCGGGCUGUGCCGCAAGCGGCUGAGCGUGUCGACGGAGCACCGCUGCCGCUGCGGGGCGCCGUUCUGCGCGCCGCACCGCUACGCGGAGGUGCACGGCUGCGCGUACGACUACAAGGCGGACGCGCCGCGCCACCUGCGCCGCGACAACCCGCUCGUCAGCGCGCCCAAGCUGCCCAAGAUAUAGCGCGCCCGCCGGCCCCGCGACGACUAAAUUCUGCGUAGGCGAGCCGGGCGAGACCCCGCUCGGUUGUAUUUUCGUUGUAAAUCAUCUUCAUGUAAUUUUUGGGAGGUGGCGAGUUAACGUACCUAGACUUUUGUACACUUUAAACGUCCUUCACGAACAUUCGAGUGUGUCUGAACUGAUUUUGAGUCGCCUUCGGACGGACACUCGCUCGAUUUUAUUUUUAAAAUUUGUAGCGAGUCCGUGGGAGUUGAACGAAUUGUGAUAUAAUUGACCUAAAUUAUUAAGAUUUAAAAAAAUGUUAAAAAUCAUCUGCCAUGUGUGUUUUUCGUAAUGAAAUAUAAUUGAGAAAAAAUAAAAAAAAAGGAAAUUAUACAAAUAGAAAAUGAAUGUUACAAAUCCUCCAUGUCGCCCUUAGUUGAUGGAGGUGCUUCGUUUGUGCUAGAACACUGAUUUCUAUUUUGUUGUAUAUUAAAUGUAAUGUUAGAUUAAUUGCUUGUAACGAUUAUAAUUUUUGCGUGUAGCGGAACAUAUGUGCCCAGAGAUGUCCCGCAUACGGCCCGCAAUGUAUACUGGUCACGGUCCACGGGUGCCGAAUGGGCCAAAUUUAUUAUCUGUGGUAUACUUUUGUGGUUAUUUUUGUUUUAUUAUUAUUUAGAAAUUUCAUGAUUUGUAUUAAUUUAGAAUCUUUACUUAUUCGUAUUUAGGAAAUUUAUUUUUGUAAUGUGUAUUAUAGUAUCGUUUUCACUAACCAUUAUAAAUGACGAAAUCAAAUCUAUAAAUUGUCAUGCUUAAAGGUUGCUGUUAUUAAAAAUAUAUUUUAUAUAUAAAAAAUAUAUUUUGAGUCGAACACCUAGUUAAAAAAUGUUUUGUUUUUUUUUUUCCAACACAAUAUGCUUUUCCUAAUAAGGCAACAAGAAAAGUUCCUAUUGCAUAACUAAAUUGUCCGACGACGAAACACAUGUUUGAUGAUAUUACGAAAGAAUUUACUGUUGUUUAAAUAUUGAAUUUUCACGAUUUAGUGUAACAAGACUGUUGACAAAUGUACAAUUUAUUAACUUAUAUUUUAUAUAUAGGGCAUUCGACUAUUCCUAAAGUCAAAUUGACUAAUUUAAAAUCGCACAUAAAUACAUAUGUUACUUUAUGUACACGUUUAAGCCUUCAUAGGGUUGCCAUUUUCGGUUUAAAUUAAUUCUUUUGUUUUUAAAUUAAAAAAAAUAUAUAUGUGCUGCUCAGUAGACAUGACAGAAGUUGCAAAUCCGAACUUAAAAUUUGAUUCAUAUCAUCCUAUAUAUUUAAAAAAAAAUACCAUUAAAAAUUAAAUUUAAAAUAACUUCGGUGUAACAAGAGUGUAACAAUACUCAAGUUUAGCUCAAACUUAACGUUUCUAUCGCUUAUGGAUAGAUAAGAGAUCAAAGAUUCGUAUAAAGUGAAAAUUGUUAUUAACGUGUAGGGUUGACUUGAUUAUACUUACCGUUUAAUUGGAUUGUUAUUACCGAGUUAUUUAUCUUUUGAAACUAAAAAACUAGUAAAGUGGUAACCCUAAAUGCUGUAUGAAUUAUUCGAGUAUAUUUUUUAAAUAAAUUCGAUAUAAAGCCGUACCGUUUUGCCGUUUAUGGGAUUGUUUAUCUCCAACGAUAAGAUUUCGUAGAUUGAUUUGUAGGAAUCGUCUAAUACCUUGUAUUGAAUGACCCUUAUUGCAUACGCAUAGAGUUCAUUUCAGACCGUUCGGCGCCACGGUUUCAUUCUAGACGAUAUUUUAUGUUAAUACAUUUAGUUUGAUAAUAUUUUUGGCUGAUUUCGAAAAUAAAUAUUUUAAAUGCGAAAGCGAAA